AUGGCAUUUCUGUUCAGCUCUUCCAUUACAUUUCACAGUUUGAUGGCUUUGAAAUUUCGUUUGUUCUAUGCUUGUUCUGUUGCUCAUCCUGGUUUUAUUAUUGCAAUUGUCUUCGCAGUUAAUUUUAACACUUCGUCAAAUCAGAUUUCAUCCAUUUGUUCUCGUGCAUUUUACCAAAUCACCAACACUUGUUUGAGCUGUACAUAUUUGGCUGAAAUUAGUUUUAGUCUUCUAAAGAAAACAGGAAUAUCAGAUUUGAAAGUUUACAGAUCUUCCAAUUUCUGUGACCGCAUAGAAUGCCCUUUCACUUUGGGUCUUGAAUCCAUGGACAACUACACUUCAGCUUCUACUUGGUGCAUUUUGUGCUUUGCUGCUGUAAUUUUGGUUUUGGAUCCUUGUGGAGCUCCUUUUAAUAAUUUGACUAGGACAACUAUUAUGCCUGAUUUUCAUAUUAGUGGUGAAAGUGGUCAUGAACCUACUCGAAGCUACUAUAGAUGGUUGAUAAAGAAAUCUAAUUUCUGGCUGGGGAUUCCAGCUGAGAAAUUUGCUCAAAAAAUGAGAUAUGGUGAUUCUGCGGAAGAGCUGAAAAGAGACUUCAGAACCACAACAGGCAUGACAAACAAUCCAUUCUAUACUACUCAUUAUAUGGGAAGAAGUGGAAUGGCUGCUUUUUACUCCAAUCCAAGAAUAGACCUUCAAGAUUGCAAGAAGACUCAUGGAGUAUCUGUUAAAGUCGAAGAAAUUGAAGGACUCAUCAGAGUUUACAAAGAUGGACACAUUGAACGGCCUCUGAUCAUUCCCAACGUGCCAUGCACUUUGAAAGCCGAAACUGGUGUGGCAGCAGAUGAUGUUGUUAUUGAUAAAUUCACUAACUUAUGGGCUCGUAUUUACAUCCCAAGCAGCCCCGGCAAACUGCCUUUUCUUGUUUAUCACCACGGAGGUGGAUUUUGUGUUGGCUCCGCUGCUUGGAGCUGUUAUCAUGAGUUCUUGGCCCAUCUUGCUUCUAAAGCAGGUUGCAUGAUUAUGUCCAUAAACUACCGUCUAGCUCCGGAAAAUCGUCUCCCUGCUGCUUACGAUGAUGGAAUCAACGCCCUCAAGUGGGUAAAACAACAGGCCCUGAAUGGUCCUCUCAAGCACAAAUGGUGGCUGAGUCGGUGUGAUUUCUCAAGAUUGUUCCUAGCUGGUGACAGUGCUGGUGCAAACAUAGCAUACAAUGUGGCCGCAUGGGUAGGGUCGAAGAACCAUCCUGAGUCCAUAUUAAAGCCAUUGUAUCUCAAGGGUAUCAUCUUGAUCCAACCUUUCUUUGGAGGAGAGGCACGAACUUCUUCCGAGAAAAAUACAAUUCUACCAGCCAAUUCAGCAUUGACUCUUCCAACUUCUGAUACUUUUUGGAGGCUGUCACUACCUUUGGGAGCCAAUAGAAACCAUCCAUACUGCAAUCCUUUAGCUAAUGGUGCAACCAAUUUGCACAAUUUGCAGCUACCAGCUACAAUGGUAUGCAUAUCGGAGAUGGAUAUUCUUAAGGACAGAAACUUGGAAUUUUGCACUGCGUUAGUCAGUGCCGGUAAGAGGGUGGAAACAGUCCUGCACAAAGGAGUAGGACAUGCAUUUCAAGUUUUGCAUAAUUCUCAGGUCUCUCAAACCAGGACCCAGGAAAUGAUAUCCCAGAUCAAGUCUUUUAUCAUCAACAAAUAA